AUGCAAGACACGCGGCGCCUAAACUCGCGGCACACAAGUUCAUGUGUCCCCUUCGGGGUGACAUACGAAAAAAUUGGAACGAUACAGAGAAGAUUAGCAUGGCCCCUGCACAAGGAUGACACGCUUUCCCGGAGUGGUAGACCUACGGGUCUCAAUAUUUAUUUUCUCUCAGUCUCUGACUAG